ACAAGUCAUUUAGACUGGACAUGAUGGGGAAGACGCAGCUUAGCCUCCAUUAAAGGUUGCAACAAGUACAAAAUACAACUUUAAGCUUCUCAUAGCAUGACUACGGCUCUUGUGGGCAUUUUUAAGUAACUUACAGGAGUCCUCUUUGGAGGGAUGGCAGCCCCCAGCAACUCGCUCCAGCAGCCCAGGGUGAGGCGCAGCAAUGCGGGCUCCCCCGGCUCGCUCAACGCCGCCAGCUGCCGUCUGCACCCCAUCCGUGCCACCGUGCCCUACCAGCUCCUGCGCGGCGGCCAGAGCAGCCCGACGCGGCCGCACAACAUCCACGGGGGGGCCGCGGGCAGCCGAGGCUCCAGCCCCCCUUCCAGCCCGACUCUCCUCCCAGGAAGUGGGCUCGCCAGGCAGAGACUGUCUCCAGAAAACAGGGACUCCUGUCCGCCAGACUCGCCUGUUUCUAGAGCAGAAAGAUCCAGGCUUCAGAUGCGGAGUUCCAGUGCUAUUCGGCGGACAUCUUCCCUGGAUGCCAUCACGGGGCCGUACCUCACCGGCCAAUGGCCCCGCGAUGCACACGGACCUUACCCCUCUUGUAUGAAAGACAAAUCCACUCAGACUCCCUGUCUCUGGAUGGACGAGGGGGCAGAACAGGGAAGUCCACACCAAAGGUCGGGCUCCUGGGGCAGCGCCGACCACCUCAAGGAGCAGAUCGCCAAGUUGAGACUGCAGCUUCAGCGAAGCAAACAAGUCAGCCGGCAGAGCAAAGAGCGUGACGCCACCUCCGCCACACUACACGUACAACACGGCGGCCAGUGUACCUCACAGCACAAAGGGUCCUCAUCCACACCGCUGCCAAAGACGCUGAUAUGUCGCGUACCGAGCAGCGUGGAGGGCAUCAACCACGAGCUGGAAAACGUCUUCAUCAGAGAGGACUGGGAGCACAGCAUACAGGCCAUGGAUGCCGCUGAUGGACGGCGUGCCCCCUUCCCCGUCCAUCGCUACAGCCACAGCGGGGAGACACGCGACACCGACACGCAGGCACCCUCCAGCGGCGAGUCCAGCCCAUCACCCCACCCCCUUAGCCCCGAACACCUGCUCUCCCCUGACGGAAGCCCCUCCUCCACGGAGGAAGUAGACAAAGACGGCGUGUGUAGUUCUCCCCUCCCAAAGUUUGCCACCUCGCCCAAACCCAACAACAGCUACAUGUUCAAACGAGAGCCACCAGAGGGCUGUGAGAAGGUUAAAGUGUUUGAGGAGAUGGUGUCGGGCCAAUCCAAAGGCUUCCCUCUCUUCUCGUGUCCCGACAAAAACAAGGUCAACUUCAUCCCGCGAGGCUCCGCCUUCUGCCCCGUCAAGCUGCUCUGCUCCUCCCUCUUCUCCCCCGUGUCCUGCGCCUCCGUCGGCCACGGCCUCCACGCCAACGAUGCUCAGGUGACCCCCGCCCCGCCGCCCCCGCCCUCCGCUGUCAGAGAAACAGACGCCGUUCGGCAAAGCCCGGGAGUCGAGACGGGAAAGGACGGCUCGGCGCAACUUGUCCUCACCAGUGUGUCCUCAGGUAUUUAAAAGACCAAUAAGGCUUCGAAGAAAAAAACGAAACAAAAAAACCCACAAAAACACAAGAUUGCACUCAGUUAGUCUUAAGUUUAGCCAGCAGGGGGUGCCCAAGCUCUCGCUCUGGUAUCCUGCAAGAGAGGUUCUCGGUCCUGGACCCCCAUGUCUGACUCAUUACCACAAAUAUAUUUUGCUUUGUUUUUAAUGGGGUUUAAAGUUUGUCAGCAGAAACAACAACUAUCUUAUUAACACUAGGAUGAUGUUCAAAAACCGGUUUUCCCGAUUGUUCCGAUAAGAAAAGAACCGAUUCCAUGGAUUCUAAUCCCUUUUUGAGAACCGGUUCCCGUUAUCGAAGCCACUAUACCGUAUUUUCGCGACCAUAGGGCGCACCGUAUUAAAAGGCGUUGUGCCGUGUCAGUUACGGGUGCUAUUUCUGUAUUUAACGCAGUGUAUUUUGGGGCUCAGGCCAAAAAUAAACAUAUGCUAUCUUAAAACAUACGCUAGCAUGCAUGGACGCUGUUUUAAAAAGGCAGCAGGAGCAAAGCUGAGUUGGGUUGUACUUUAUUGAAGUAUUUAUCAAUGUACUCACAUUAUUUUUUGAUCAAUCCUCAUCCACAAAGUCCUCAUCUUCUGUGUCAAAAAAUUAACAGCUGGGCAAGUUCUCCAUCAAACACGCCAGAUUCCAGAGGUGGGUAGAGUAGCCAGAAAUUGUACUCAAGAGUGCUGUUACUUUAGAGAUUUAUUACUCAAGUAAAAGUAAGGAGUAGUCACCCAAAUAUUUACUUGAGUAAAAGUAAAAAGUAUGUUGUGAAAAAACUACUCAAGUACUGAGUAACUGAUGAGUAACCUGUUUGUUUAAUGAUGACGGCAACAAAUAAUGCACAAAAACAUAAAAAUAGCAAUGAGCAAAUUCAGAGCCGGGAAUAUCUCUUAAGCAACUAAAACAAUGAUAUAUAUUAAAUAACAAUACAUUAACAUAAGAAGAAUUAAGGCAAAUUGAGCCACAAUAACUUAACAGCACCAUAGGCUCAGUAGGCAGAGAUUACAAAGGAAAAUAACAAGUUAGCCUUUACGCAAAACCAUAAACUGAUAGGUGGGGGCUGCACCUGGGAACACACUGAUUGGUGUUUCUAUGCAUGCGUGUGCGACUGUUCGUGUGUGUGUGUGUGUGUGUGUCUAUGAGGCUGCAGUACGUUAAUAAAUGUCCCCACACGAUGUACAUUUGACAGUGAUUCAUAGCAGGGAAGCUAACAUCAGCCUACGGUGACAGCCAAAAUAUCUACUAACGUUACUUACCGCCAUGUGCUUCCUCAAAUUUGACGUUGAGUUCAUGUAAGCUUAAGCUUGUUAAUCAUGUGACCGCCUGGCUCUGUUUGAUUGGUGAAACGGAGUCAAACGUGACUGCAUGUGAUUGGUGAAACACAGGCAUGCGAUAGAUGCUACUUUGAAGGUCUGUCUGACAAACCAAAACAAACAAAGCGUGCAUUAACAGAUCGAUAAAAAUCAGUAGUGAGUAGCGAGCUGAAUGUAGAUAAAUGGAGCGGAAUAAAAGUAGCUUCUUCUCUAUAAAUAUACUCAAGUAAAAAGUAUGUUGCAUUAAAACUACUCUUAGAAGUACAAUUUAUCCCAAAAGUUACUCAAGUAGAUGUAACGGAGUAAAUGUAGCGCGUUACUACCCACCUCUGCCAGAUUCCCUCUCCUUAUUUUCAACGUCAGUCCCGUUGUCUAGCAAGCUAGCACAACAGUAAAAGCUGACUUCUCUUGCCCCGUUGUGCGUAUGGAUUCGCUACCGUGCUGGUCCCCUUCUUCUUCACAGUGUGCGUCACGGGGAUGUCGAAAGUGAGCGUCCAUGUUGGUGAUGUGUUUGUCGGCAAUUUUUUUUAUUUACAACUCACAUAGCAGCAUUAUAUGCUCACUGGGGGCGUCCUCUCUCACCUGAAACCUUCACCCUUUAACGGCCGCAUGCUGUCCUCGGUCACGUCCGCUUUUCCUCCAUGUAAACAGCGUGGCGGCCCAGUCAUAUAACAUCUAUGGCUUUUGGAACUCAGUGCACACACAACAACCUGUCUGGAUUCGAUAAGGAACUGGUUCGAUAAGAGGAUUCGAUUUCGAUAAUUUCUUAACGGACAUCAUCCCUAAUUAACACUUCCUGUUAGUGCAGCAGACUAACGUGUAACGAAGCUUGUACAUUAUGGGAUGGCGUCAGGACGCGCCUUGUACGUUAUUAGUUCUGUCUGUCGUGUGUUGCAGCCACACUUUGCCUUCCCGCAUGAUCGCCACGAUCUGCAAUUUUUCUUAGCGAGAGACCAAAAGACUGAUAUGGGGGGGGGGGGAAGAAGACUCCGCCUUCCUGCUUCGCGGCGGUCUUUUAGCGGAACAAAACGACUCAGGUUGGUGUGGAAUGUUCUUGCUUGGACCGUUGCCAUUUUUGAAGCGCAGUUUGAUACGAAUCACAUCAGCAGACUCAUCGUCGAACCUGUUUUUGUUUUUUUAAGCUUUUAGGUGCUACGACACAUUCCAUAGAUCAUGUUGUACACAAGCCCCGCCCUCCCAAAGUGACAGGUUGAGAACGUACCAAAGCAAACGUAAAAAUAAUCGGAGGGGGUCAUGUUUGGAGCAGAGGUGCUAAUCGGUAAACCAGGUUAAAGCACUUACUUGGACAUAAUCCUUUUGUUGUUGUUCAUUUGCAAUCUGAAACAAUCAAAGGUGUGCACAAAAAGAACCACUGAGGUUUGGGUGUGUACGUCUACGUGCGCAUACAAGCACAACUAUGACCAAUAAUGUAUGCCAGGCAUUCCACCACACACAAUUUAAAUCGCUGAUGUGCUCAUUGUGUGCAUGCAGCAACACUUCCCCCGUGUAGUGUGCACUUGUAUGUACAUCCUGUGUUUUUUCAAUAAAGACAAAAAAAAAAAAGUCCCU